AUGCCAAUGCCAAUACCAAGUGACGCCGGCCUUGGGUCCAAGGAAAACGAUGCACGGCUGAAUGAACGUAUCUUCAAGGCACGCUCAGAGCUUUCUGAACUACACAAGAUUAUUUCUAAGGAUGACCGCAAGUUCUGUGAAAGUAACGGGCCUGCCACGCGGACACGAAGCCGUACAGUUUCCACUACACAGCACGAUGCGAAGCGAGACACACUGUUGGAGCGGCCAACGCUGCUAGACGUGGACUACCACACGUCUCAGGCGCUGAAUGGUUCAUUGAGUGGUCGGAUGGAUCAUAUUAUACGUACGGAAGAUACAACGCGCUCGGAUCGCAUGAGACUGGCGGAGCUCUCGGACGAACAGCUCAAAUGGCCUGUCACGGAGAAGGAAACAGCAGCUCCUCGUUCUAAUCGAGCAAGGAUAAGUCCGAUCGACAGGGUGCGAGCUACUACAACAUUUCGUCGUACUACAGCUAAGGACCUGAGAGAUUAUUCCACCGACUUCGUACAGCAGGCACUGAAUUUUGACAAUGUUACUGACGAUGACGACGGAGGAGCACCAUCAAUAUCCGAGAGUAUGAUGAGACAUGAUGAGGACAUAAAUCAAGAACUCGGCCAGGAACAUGCAGGAGGGACUGGUGAAGCGUGGACACAUGAGGAUUUACGCACGUACGUGCGGCAGAUGGAAGAGACCAUUGCACAACUUGUGCAGCAGAAGGAUGAGUUGUUGAGGAAUCAGGCGGAGUUUGACAAGCAGGCAAGUGGCAUCUUUCCGUCGCUUGAGAACUUGAAUCAUCAGCUGUCACAGAUUGUACAGGGCAAACUGCUACAGUCAGGGCAGUCGCACAACCCUGAUGAUGUCACAACUUUGCAUGAUGACAUGCUGGAUGAACUGCGCAUUCAACGAGAGCAGUUGAGUCAACUGGAAGCCGAUAACAAACGCCGCAAAUAUGAUGCAGAACUACAGGAGCAGGACCGCGCCAUUGAGAUCUCGCGGAUCAAAGCUGAUGUUAUCAGUGUCGUAGCCAACGGGAAAAUGCGUGAUGAGCGCACAGAGCUGAUAUCCGAUACGGUCAAGAAGCUUCAACAGGAACUUCAAGAGGCGGUUAAAAAUAUGGUGCAGCGCUAUCAGCUACUAGACAAACGGAUUAAUCAGCUGCAAACACCAAUAGCGCAGCCUCGACUAGUGGGCCGCAAGACGCAACGAGACAAGCUGAUGGUUAUCGUUGCAAUAUUGUCAGGGAUUAUUUCAGUAGCAGUUAGCUUCCUCAUCAUGAAUGGUGGGCAUUGUGGAGUAGUAGAGCGGUGCCACCCGCUCAUAUAG